CCACCAGUAGCCUCCCAUUUCGAGUUUUUCUCUAUCUGAUUCCGCCGUCCGUCUCCUUCACGGACAUAGCUCCUCGAAACUCACCCUUCAAUCACAAUUCUAUCCAUAAAUUACUCUCCAUUGCUCUCAGUUUUCAUGAAUUUUGUAGGCUAAUCGUUAUCAGAUCGAUUUGAUCUCGGUGUCUUUCUUCUUCUCCGUCUCAGAUCGAUCCAGUUUACUCCGUUUUAGGCACUGAUCAUAAAGAUCUUUAGCUGUUGAAAUGGCGUCAACAGCUGGAAGAUGGUUGAGAGGAAGGGUGAAAUCUGUUCCAUCUGGAGAUAGUUUGGUGAUUAUGGGGAACACCAAUUCCAACAUCCCCAUUCCCCCUGAAAAGACUAUUACGUUGUCAUCUCUUAUUGCUCCGAAGUUGGCCCGUAGAGGUGGUAUUGAUGAGGCAUUUGCAUGGGAGAGCAGAGAGUUUUUACGGAAGCUUUGUAUUGGGAAGGAGGUCACUUUUAAAGUGGAUUACACUGUACCGUCUAUAGGGCGAGAAUUUGGCUCCGUUUUCCUUGGUGAUGACAAGAAUGUAGCAGUUCUGGUUGUCUCUGCCGGCUGGGCAAAGGUCAGGGACCAGGGUCAACGGAAAGGGGAAGUUAGUCCUUACUUAUCAGAAUUGCAACAGCUUGAAGAUCAAGCCAAACAACAAGGUCUAGGUCUUUGGAGCAGGGCACCAGAGGCCAGUGCAAAUGCCAUAAGGAACCUACCUCCAUCUGCUGUUGGUGAUCCUAGUAACUUGGAUGCGAUGGGCCUCUUAGCUUCAAACAAAGGUAGGCCCAUGGAAGCUAUCGUUGAGCAGGUUCGUGAUGGAAGCACUAUUCGGGUUUAUUUGCUUCCAGAAUUUCAGUUCGUCCAAGUGUUUGUUGCUGGAAUCCAGGCUCCAUCAAUGGGAAGAAGGGCUGCAAUGGAAACUGUUGUUGAAGCUGAAAUUACCUCUGACGAAACUAAUGGAGAAUCUUCGGCAGGAUCCCGUGGCCCCUUAACAUCGGCGCAGAGGCUAGCAGCUUCAUCAGUAUCCUUCAAUGAAGUUGCUCCUGAUCCAUAUGGAAGGGAGGCUAAACUUUUUACAGAGAUUCGCGUAUUAAACAGAGAUGUGCGCAUUGUCCUGGAGGGUGUUGACAAAUUCAGCAAUUUGAUUGGUUCAGUAUAUUAUCCUGAUGGUGAAUCAGCAAAGGACUUGGCAUUGGAGCUUGUCAAAAAUGGUUUAGCUAAAUAUGUUGAGUGGAGUGCAACCUUGCUGGAAGAUGAUGCCAAGCGGCAGCUGAAAUCUGCUGAACUUCAAGCAAAAAAGGACCGCUUGAGGUUUUGGACGAACUAUGUACCUCCUCCUACAAAUUCGAAGGCAAUCCAUGACCAGAAUUUUACAGGAAAGGUGGUUGAGAUUGUAAGUGGGGAUUGCAUCAUUGUAGCUGAUGAUUCUAUACCAUUUGGAAGUCCAUUAGCAGAGCGGCGAGUCAACCUUUCAAGUAUCAGGUGCCCCAAAAUAGGCAAUCCUCGUAGGGAUGAAAAACCUGCCCCCUAUGCCCGGGAAGCAAAGGAAUUCCUCCGAACACGCUUAAUUGGUCACCAUGUGCAAGUUUCAAUGGAAUAUUCCAGGAAGGUGAGCUUGGCUGAUGGCCCUACUGCUGCAGUCAGCACUGCGGACUCCAGAGUAAUGGAUUUUGGAUCAGUUUUCUUUACGUCUCCAGUUAAAGAUGGUGAUGAUGCUUCACCUGCUCUGCCCACCGCAGGCAGUCAGCAGGCUGGGUUAAAUGUUGCCGAGCUGUUGGUUGGCCGUGGCUUUGCUACUGUCAUUAGACACCGAGAUUUUGAGGAAAGAUCAAACUACUAUGACGGCCUUCUUGCUGCUGAAUCACGUGCCGUUGCUGGGAAGAAAGGUAUCCACUCUGCCAAGGAUCCUCCAGUAAUGCACAUAACUGACCUGUUAACGGCUUCAGCCAAGAAAGCCAGAGACUUUUUACCAUUUCUCCAGCGGAAUAGGAGGAUGCCUGCUGUUGUAGAAUAUGUCCUCAGUGGUCAUCGGUUUAAGCUGUUUAUUCCGAAGGAAACAUGCAGCAUUGCCUUUUCAUUCUCUGGUGUUAGAUGCCCUGGUCGUGACGAGCCUUAUUCUGAUGAAGCUAUUGCUCUAAUGAGAAGGAAGAUAAUGCAGAGGGAUGUUGAGAUUGAAGUAGAAACCGCCGACAGAACUGGAACUUUCUUGGGAUCGUUAUGGGAGUCCAAAACCAAUAUGGCAGUUAUACUAUUGGAAGCUGGACUUGCGAAGUUUCAAACUUCCUUCGGUGCUGACAGGAUCCCGGAUGCUCACCUUCUUAUGCAGGCUGAGCUGUCUGCCAAAAGGCAGAAAUUGAAGCUAUGGGAGAGCUACAUCGAAGGGGAAGAAGUUUCUAAUGGUUCAGCUGCCGAAAGGAAACAGAAAGAAGAGUUGAAGGUAGUGGUUACUGAAGUCCUGGGUGGUGGAAAAUUUUAUAUCCAGACGGUUGGAGAUCAGAAAGUUGCUUCUAUUCAACAGCAGCUUGCUUCUUUAAAACUUCUUGAAGCUCCUGUAAUUGGUGCCUUCAAUCCUAGGAAGGGCGAUAUUGUUCUUGCUCAGUUUAGUGCAGAUGAUUCUUGGAACCGAGCAAUGAUUGUAAAUGGUCCUCGUGGUGCUGUUGAAUCUCCAAAAGACAAGUUUGAAGUGUUCUACAUCGACUAUGGAAAUCAAGAAGUUGUCCCUUACAGCCAGUUGCGACCUCUUGAUCAUUCUGUGUCAUCUGCACCUGGCCUUGCUCAACUAUGCAGUCUGGCUUUUGUAAAGGUUCCAAGCUUGGAGGAGGAUUAUGGACAAGAAGCAGCUGAGCGUUUAAGUGAGCACAUUCUUAAUGGUUCAAAAGAAUUCAAGGCCGUAAUUGAGGAAAGGGAUGCUUCAGGAGGAAAAGCUAAAGGGCAAGGAACUGGGACUAUCCUAAUGGUGACUCUGGUUGAUACGGAAACUGAAGUCAGUGUAAAUGCCACCAUGUUGAAGGAAGGGCUUGCUAGAUUGGAAAAAAGGAAGAGAUGGGAGCCCAAGGACAGACAGCAGGCUCUGGAUGAGUUGGAUACAUAUCAGGCGGAAGCUCGUAAGGAAAGGCUUGGGAUGUGGGAGUAUGGAGACAUCGAGUCGGAUGAUGAGGACACAGCCGUGUCGGGCAGGAAGACUGGUGGGAAGCGGUGAAUACACUAGCUUCUUCGUGCCCUGAAUUAAUCAAGUUGAGUACUACUCUAUCCUGCAAGAGUUUAGUUACAGGCACGACGAAUCCGACUGCCAGAGAUACAGAAAGAAGAGACACCUUGUAGAUCAAGGUUUAUUUUAAAUUAAUUUUGUUCCAUUUCGUUUUUUCUUUAAAUCUUGGAAAAAUAAACUUUUAAAUUUUCCUUUUUUUUUUUUCGUUUUUUAAUACAUUUUGUUUUUUAAUUUAUACAACUUUAAUAAAACAACUUU